CGAGCGGAGCGGAGGGGAGCGGCUCUGUCGGCGAGGAGCCUUGCGUAUCCCCUUCAGCUCUAGGUCGCACAGGGUCAAAUUCCCCUUUUUGACUAAAAUCAGCCUGUUUCAGGGUUUUGGGUUUGUUUGUUUGGUUUUUUUUUCCUCUUCAGGGGGGAAAAAAAAAAAAAAACCACAAACCCAUAGUCUUUGCCCUGUGCAGCCCCCUCGCUGCUUUCUCAAGAGCGUUCCCCCACACUCACCUCAGCCAUGGUGAUGUUCAAGAAGGUGAAGACCUUCCUGAUGGCCUUCAGCGAGCCUGAGAAGAUCUACUGCAGUGGGGAGAAGGUGGCCGGGCGCGUGUUGGUGGAGGUGGCCGAGGUCACUCGCGUCAGCGCCGUCAAGGUGCUGGCCUGCGGGGUGGCCAAAGUCAACUGGGCCAAGGGCCCCCAGCAGUGCAGGCAGGAGAUGGAGUACCUGCGCUUCGAGGAUGUCCUCACCCUGGAGGAGCAGCCGACUGAUGGGGAUGGCUCUGUAAUCCUGAGACCUGGGAACAAAUACGAGUACAAAUUCGGAUUCGAGCUUCCCCAGGGGCCUCUGGGUACCACCUUCAAGGGAAAGUAUGGCUGUGUGGAUUAUUGGGUGAAAGCCUUCCUGGAGCGCCCGUCCUUUCCCACUCAGGAGAUAAAGAAGCGCUUCGAGGUUAUGGAUCCUGUUGACGUGAACACUCCAGAAUUGCUGUCCCCAGUUGCUGCCAAGAAGGAGAAGAAGGUGUCGUGUAUGUUCAUUCCUGAUGGUCGUGUGUCAGUCAGCGCCCAAAUCGACAGGAAAGGAUUUUGUGAAGGUGACGAUAUCUGCAUCAACGCCGACUUCGAGAACACUUGCUCCCGCAUUGUGGUGCCCAAAGCGGCCAUCAUCGCCAAGCACACCUACCUGGCCAACGGGCAGACCAAGGUGUUCACCCAAAAACUCUCCUGCGUCCGAGGCAACCACAUCAUCUCGGGCAUGUCCGAGUCCUGGCGGGGCAAAACCAUCCGCGUCAAGAAGCUCAAACCAUCCAUCUUGGGCUGCAACAUUCUGCGCGUGGAGUAUUUCCUGCAGAUCUACGUCAGCGUCCCAGGCUCCAAGAAGAUCAUCUUGGAGCUGCCCCUGGUCAUCGGCAGCCGCUCAGGCAUCGGGAGCCGCAGCUCCAGCAUGGCCAGUCAGACCAGCUCUGAAAUGAGCUGGGUGGAUUUGAACCUCCCUGAUGCUCCGGAAGGUUUGGGCAAGAAAAAUGAACCUGGUAGCGUCUAA